AUGAUAGAACUUAAUCAUGAUUGCCUUUGGCAGAUCUUCUCUAAUUUGGAACAAGAUAAAAACUCUCUACACGCGGCGGUACUAGUUAACCAUACUUGGUGUAAAGUCGCAAUUCAAUUUUUGUGGAAAAAACCAUUUCGUUUCUUAUAUACAUGUCGAAAAGCAUGCAAAUGUUUGACCGAAAAUCGAUAUAAGAAAGCGAAAAACCUUCUUGCUACUUUCAUUACCUGUAUUGCUCAAAAUCAAGCUUCAUCUGCCAUUAAUAUGCAAGACUUUGUAAUAUGGACCAACACACCACGCACAGCCUUCGAUUAUUCAUGUUUCUUACGUCACAUCGACCUUCAUGAUUUGUUUUUAGCUCUUAUAGAUGGCGUCAAAUAUUUAAUAUCACAUAAACAUCUCGAUUAUGCAAUAGCUUUCCAACAUAUCACAAAAUAUCUCUCACCGGAUGAUAAUUGGGAAAGCGCAGUUAUUCAGGAAAUGGCUCGCGAUAUCUGCAAGCUCUUGGUAUCACAUUGUUCUAAUUUAAGACACUUAUCAAUUGAUAUGGCUAAUAAACAAUGGUCAAAAGAAAAUCACCGAUGUUCAAGCCUUCCAAACAUUUCUUUCUGGAUAACUGUCAAAGAAAUACCGGAAGAACUUUUGUUGAUCCCAACAUAUCCAGGCGCCACCAAAAGUUUAUCACAAUUGGUAGAAUUUUAUUGGGGUGCUACGCAUUGGACAUCGGAAUUUCUGAUCGCUUUAUCAAAGGUUUCUAAAAGACUUCGAACACUCAUAAUUGACAUGUCUAAUUUCGGUAGAAAUGAAAGUAACGAUCAUGCGCGGAACCUGGGAACUUUAAUAAAAGUGCAAACAGCUUUACAAGAAAUCCAAUUCAUCAAAUGUAAACCACGCGUUUUACCGUCAAUUAUGCAAGGACUUCGCACUCAAGCGAAAUCUUUGCGUUACUUUUACUUUCAAGGAAUGGUAAAAGAUUGGAGCGUAUUUUCAGAAUUAGUGCAUUUAACCAAUAUUCAAGAAUUGAGUUUCGUUAAGGCCAACUUUCGAUGUAGUGAGAUUGAGAUGUUAGCGUCAUCAAGUUUCCCAAAUUUAACGAAACUUGUUUUCGAUACUACUAGUUUUCGAUUUCCAAUUAUCAUACCUGAAAUUAUCAUACAAAGUUCAGGGAGAAAACUUAGAACAUUUUCUUUACCUGCAUAUUUUUAUCCAUCAUAUGAUGGAUUUAUUCCAACAGUUGCGCUGUCUGUUGCUAAAUAUUGUCCAAAUUUAGUGCAUUUCGAAUAUCAUACUACUAGAAGAGAGUUUUCACAGUUGGUAAUACUUUUCGCUUCAUGUCAACAUCUUGAAAAAGUUAUGCUUGCUGGCAAUACAGAAGAUGCAAAUGAAUUAUUUUUAAAACUAGCAAAUUUGGAACUACCAAACUUACGAGAAUUUGAAAUCACCGCACAAUGGUCUUACACCGCAUUAUCAUUGGAAACAUUUCUUGUCAGAUCGAAAGCACCACUCCGAAAUCUUGUGAUCCGGUCUUCUCCAUGCUUCUCUGAUGAUCACUUGGAUGUCGUUUUACGAUGUUUAGCCGACAAAUUACAUCGACUCUAUAUAGAAUCAGCACAAGAAAUGACUAAAUUGAUGUUGUCAAAAGCUAAUGAAAGUAUUAGCGAUUUUGUAUACAAGAUGAUAGAUGAAGUUUAUAAUCCUGGAUGGCUGUUAGAAUGA